CUCCGCGCCGCCGGCGUGGGGCGGAAGGAGCGCGGGGCCGUUCCCACGUGGUGGGCCGCGCGGAGCCCCGACUAGCCGCCGCCGCUGUCCUCGCCCCCGUCCGCGGUCCGCAUCCGGGACUGACCUCGAGGGAGCUCCUUAGCUGGAGACGGCCCUCUGCCCCCGCCCGCGGCCCCUACCUGGGGCCGAUCUCCAGAUAAAGUGUAGCAAUGGCUGCUAUUUAUUCUGGCAUUUCCCUUAAGCUUAAAAGCAAGGCAACUUCCUGGGAAGAUAAACUAAAACUAGCUCACUUUGCUUGGAUUUCCCACCAAUGCGUUCUUCCAAAUAAAGAACAAGUAUUACUUGAUUGGGCAAGACAGUCAUUGGUUGCAUUUUAUAAGAAAAAACUUGAGCUGAAGGAAGACAUUGUUGAAAGGCUUUGGAUCUAUAUAGAUAACAUUCUGCACAGCAGAAAAUUGCAAAAUCUCCUCAAGAAUGGAAAGACAAUUAACCUUCAGAUUUCCCUAGUCAAGAUCAUAAAUGAGAGAAUAGCCGAGUUCUCUCUUUCGGGAUCCCAAAGAAACAUCAGUGCUGUGCUGAGCUGCUGCCAGGGCAUCCUCUCAACACCUGCCCUUGCUGUCAUCUACACGGCCAAACAGGAGCUGAUAGUGGCCUUGUUGAGCCAGCUGUGCUGGUCCGCCUGUAGGCAGCCAGAAGGAGCCGUGGUAGCCCAGCUAUUCGAGGUCAUACAUCUGGCCCUUGGCCAUUACCUCUUGAUCCAGCAGCAGCAGGUCAACCCAAGACGUGCCUUUGGGGAGGUAACUGGGCACCUGCUUCAGCCCUGCCUAGUCCUGAGGCACUUACUCUCAGGGGGCACGUGGACACAGGCUGGCCAGGGCCAGCUGCGGCAGGUGCUGAGCCGGGACCUUAGGAAUCAGAUUGAGGCCAUGCUUCGAGGCGGAGCUUUUCAGCCUGAGCUGCUGUCAUCCUACAAAGAGGAGCUCUUGGAGCAGCAGCAAGGUGACACGAAGAUGGGGGCCAUGAAGAAUCUUCUAGCUCCCAUGGACACUGUGAUUGCUAGGUUGGUAGAUACUAGCUACUGUGACCCAUCCCUUCAUGCUGCUGUUGUUGCCAACUCAGUGGCCUUGCUAUAUAAGCUCUUUCUAGAUUCUUACUUCAAGGAGGGGAACCAGCUUCUCUGCUUCCAGGUGCUCCCCAAGCUGUUUGGCUGCUUGAGGAUUUCACACCUUCUGGAGGAGCAGAUAAAAGCCCUGUGCACAUCAGAUUGGACCACUGAACUCCUCGUUGUGGAACAGCUGUUGAACUCAGUGGCCAACAACAACAUCUACAACAUUGCCGCUGACAGGAUCCGGCAUGAAGAGGCUCAGUUCCACUUUUACCGCCGUCUGGCUGAGCUGCUGAUAAACCAUCCCCAAGCACCUGUGCCGGCCUGGUUCCGCUGCCUCAAGGUUCUGAUGUCUCUGAACCAUUUGAUUCUGGAGCCAGACCUGGAUGACUUGUUGGCUUCAGCGUGGAUUGAUGCAGAAGUAACAGAGUUUCGAACCCGAAAAGCCCAGGAGGCACUUAUUAACACUCUCUUCCAGACGUAUGUCAAACUCCGGCAGGUGCCACGGUUGUUUGAGGAGAUCUUGGAGGUGAUCUGUCGUCCGGCUGCCGAGGCACUGAGGCAGCCAGUGCUGGCCGCGGGCCCCUCCGCAGCGCUCUGUGAGUGCCUUCUGGAGUUGCCCCCCAGUCAGGUCUUGGAUGCGUGGUCCCUCGUGCUGGAGAAGCUCCAGGCUUUGGUCUUGCCUUGUUUGCGGGCUGAUGUCGACAUGGCCCUGAAGUCCCUGUCCCUGAGCUCACUGCUGCACUGCAUCAUGUUCCAUAUGAGGAGCCUGGACAACAGCACACCUCUGCCUGUCAUCAGACGUAUGCAGUGCAUGAUGGAGAGGAUGCUCCAAGAGCUCGUGAAGCCCCUGCUGGACCUUCUCCUGGACCCUCAGGGCCCAGACUGUGAGCUAUGGCUGCAGAAGGUCAGUGACUCUGUGCUCCUGCUCUCGUACACCUGGGCCCAGGUUGACACCAUGCUCAGUCUAAACUGUAGCCAGUAUCACUCUGUGUCUGGGGCCCUUACUGGUGGUGCUCCAGAGAUCUCCAGCCUCCACUCAUUGCUGCCAGGUGUAGAAACACGCCAUUGGAAAAAGAUAGAAAAGCUUACAGCUCAAUUCAACUCUCUCGGCAGAUAUUGCUUAGAACAGCUCUACCUGCAGAAAAUGAAAAGGACUUUAAUGCAAACUAGUUUCCAAUCUGAAGCAGCCCUCCACACUCUGAGGUGUGAUGCUGCCUACAUUCUUGGUUCUGGCAGAGAAAGCUUGACUCAGAGGACAGCAGCUUCCUGGGAUGGCCAGGUGGGGACAGUGAGUGCACUCACAUACCCUGUAGCACACUGGCACUUGGUUAUGUCAAAUCUCUCCAUUUUAAUAUCCUAUCUCUCUCCAGAUGAUGUGAGAUACCUCGCUAGUGUCCUGCUAAGAACUUUACCAACGAAUAGAGCUCAGGAAGGCUCAGCAGAUGAAGGGCCAAACAUCACACUUGAAAACGUAUCCAAGGCCAUCCUGCACAGCCCUCUCUUUCCAGAAAUACAGUCCCUUCAUUCUGCUUUCUUAAUGUGCCUAACUGCAAGAUGUUCUAGCGUUCUGUGUUCUGGUGUCUUGAGUGACUCGAGUCUUCUCAGUCAGCAGCUGCCCUGGCUUUUUGUAAAGGACCACAUGGUUGUGGCUCACUGGGAAAACAGAUUUGCAAAUGUUGGACCCGAAGGUGUAGAACCAAGAGGAGAAAUUGCCCAAAACUUACUAUCCUUGGUCAAGAGUGACUUCCCCAUUCAGCUGGAGGGAGAACAAUUAGAGAGCAUCCUGGGGCUUUUAGAAGUUAUUUCUACUCUACAACUGGACAACCUCUUGACUCCCCAUCAUGCAUAUUAUUUUCUUCUGUUACUAUCCAUGGCCAUCAGCAAGCUGGGGGGCUCUUGCUCCUCCUCACUGACCCUCAAGUUUUUGAUGACUUGCUACCAGCUUCUUGGUUACCUGCAAAGGGGCAAAAGUGCCCGCUCAGUGCUCAGAAUCAUGUACGUUAGUGAUAUCUUUGAGAUCGUACUGACCUCGUUGUUCAAAGCUACUAGUAGAUUUCUUAUUGAUACGGAUGACCCCUCUUGGUUGGAAUUCCUCCAAGUGAUAGGGACAUUCUUAGAACAGCUAAUGCAGAUGCUUAUCCAGAUAAAGCUGAGCUUGGUGCUCAAUUUUGGGAAAAUCAUCGCAUUCCUCUCAAAGUGCAAACCGUACACUGAAGCAGCUUCAGGCAAACAGUUGGAAAAUCAGAAUCGUCUGGGCCGGCAGCUCCUUCUGGUGUCUUUAACUAAGUUGUGCCAAGUCCUGGGGCCUUUUGUUCAAGAGCGGAAGCAGCAACACGAGGCCACAGAAGCGCUGCCUGAGUUGUUGCAGCAGGCCAUUCUCCAGACGGGAGCCGUGCUCCAGCUCUGCUCAGCGCACGGGGCCCAGGGCCGGCACCUUCCCUCUGCCUUCAUCCCGUCGGUCAGCACACUCAUGGAGGCGGAUGUGGGCCAGCGCUCCAGGCACAGAGGGACAGAGAUUUCGCCACUGACAGACAAAAUGCAGCUCUCCCAUCCUGCCCUCUACCAGAGUGUUUACUCUCAAAUACUGGCAGAGUUGCCGGCUCUCGCAGGAGACACUCAAUCUUUCCAGGCAGCUGUGCGGUUUUUAACUCUGUUCUUUUUGGCUCCAGAACUACAUCCCAAGAAGGAUUCUGUUUUUAUCUCCGUGUUUCAUUCUGUGAGAAAAGUUCUUGCAGAUCCUGCAAUUCCAGGUCAGGUAAUUCAGGAUAUUGAGCCUUAUUUGGGAACCCUGUUCACCCAAAUGUUAGAGGUUGGGACGACAGAGGACUUUAGGAUGGUGAUGCAGUAUAUUCUCCAAGGACUAGACGUCAGUAACAUGUGGAGAGCAGAUCUGCAGGCUGUUUUGUCUGCUAUUACCUUGAUCAAGUUGCUACUGAGCUGCCCCUUCAGUGGAGAGAAAGCAAGUUUGUUCUGGCGUGCGUGCCCCCAGAUAGUCACGGCUCUGACGCUACAAAACCGAGAGGCUUGUCAGGCGCAGCCUGUGCCGCUGGCGGUGGUGGGGCCCAUUUUGGAUGUGCUGGCCGCGCUGCUGCGGCAGGGGGAGGAGACCAUCAGCAACCCACACCACGUCAGCCUGGCCUUCAGCGUCCUGCUCACAGUCCCUUUGGACCACCUGAAGCCCCUUGAGUAUGGGAGCAUCUUCCCGAGGGUGCACAACGUGCUCUUCUCAAUCCUGCAGUGUCACCCGAAGGUUAUGCUGAAAGCCAUCCCUUCUUUCUUGAACUGUUUCAAUAGGUUGCUGUUUUCAGUUAUACAUGAAGGGCGGCAGAAGGACAAAGGAAGCACAGAUGACCUGCUGGUGGUCCUAGACUGUGCCCGCCUGGUGGAAAGGAUGUACAGCCACAUCGCAGCCCGGGCUGAAGAGUUCACGGUGUUUUCCCCCUUUAUGGUGGCUCAGUACGUGACGGAGGUGCAGAAGGUCACCCUGUAUCCGGCGGUGAAAAGCCUUCUGCAGGAGGGCAUUUACCUCAUCCUGGACCUCUGCAUUGAGCCAGACGUCCAAUUUCUACGGGUCUCACUGCAGCCAGGCGUGAGAGACGUCUUUAAGGAGCUGUACAGUGACUAUGAGAAGUACCAUAAGGCGAAACACGAAGGAGAGAAGAGAUACACCGUCUGAGGCUGCCGCGUUGUGGAGGCGCUACCUGCAGUGUUGUAGAGCGGCUUUGGCCCCCGGUCUGAGAGACCAGGGAGUGGAGAAUGAAGGACUUCACAUGUGCUCAUGUGCAGUGUCGAGAUGUGUGGGAAAUCCUUUUGGUUUAUAUAUAUAUAUAAAAUUAUAUUUUACAGUCCUAUGUUUCACACAGUGUUUUUAAACAUCUUUUUAUACAGUAAGUAUUGCAGUAGAAUCCUGAAAAUAGACCCUGGGAUGAGGUGAAUUCAAUAAAAAAUUCCUGAAUCUCUCUGGUGGCCAUU